AACAUUGAGAAAAGUAUGACAGUUCUGAAAAUAAGCUUGAAACGUCUACCUAUCACAUUUUGCAGUCCAAAAAUAACCCGCUUUUCAUUGCAAAGGUUCCAUAGUCAGAAAGCUUUAGGUCUACACAAAGGAUCUGAUGCAGUUUUUCAGCCUAGCAUUGGGAUUCUUGCGAGGGCUGACAGGGAGUUUGAAUUCUUGGGUCCAAGGACAACCUUACAAGGCUCUGCCAAAAAACUAGAUGAUGCUCCCAAACUUAAACUACCGGAGGUGAGCUGUUAUCUAAGUUAUUGCUAAGGUGCUUAUUGGGGGCUACUCUGGAUUUCAAGCGACGGAGAUGUUCGAAGGAGUUUUGAAAAUUCCGAUAUAUUGUGUGGAAAAUGGCCUGCUUCCCCAACUUCUAAUCUUUCAAUUUUUCCAUUUAUAGAAGUUUGAAUAUUAUUUAAUAAGGUAGUCAGGUGGAUUUUUUUUGUGUACCUUCUUUGUAUGAGUUAAUUUUUAACUUAUGUUAAUGCACAGGAGAUCUUAACCUAUGAUGACUGCACAAGAUAAAUGCAUAUUGUUAUUAUUAUUAUUUAUUAUUUAAGCAUUAUUAAUUUAAUAUAUUUCAUUCACAGGUUGCAUUUAUUGGAAGGACAAGUGUGGGCAAGUCAUCUUUAAUUAACGCUCUCCUGAACCAGACAAAGCUUGUGAAAACCUCCAAAAGACCAGUAUGUACUAGUUGUAUACUAGAUGCUCAUAGGCUGAUUUAGCAACAGGACGGGAACAUCAUUUGGUGAUAAGAAAGUCUGCAGAAAGGACUGAAUGCAACUUCCAGUGUUCAGUUUGCCGCUCCGUCAUUGGUUAAACCGUAUUUUAUUAUUUGCGCAGCCGUCGUCACUGCUGUCACGUCGUCUUUGCUAAAUCUGCCUGAUAUUUAUGUCUCUCAGUUCCUAGUUGUUACACAUAUAUGUUACAGUUCAAAAUUAAAUUCAGUUUAAAUUUUUUUAACCUAGGUUGAUUCUUAAUUUACUUUGUCUCCCAGCCCUAAUUAUUCAUGAAUUAGGACUAGGAGACAACCUAGGUUAAAAAAAUUUAAGCUGAAUAUAAUUUUGACCUUUAACAUAAUAUUUGUAGAGAGCUUGAUAUUGUUCGCCCAGGGAUAAAUUUUUACGUGGAUUUGUUUCCCUUUGUCAAAAACAUUUUCAUUGUUAAUUUUAACGAGCCAUUUGAAAGCAUCUGAAAAUCCAGUUUAAGGUAUAUUCAAAAAGACAAAAUCUGACUUUUCUUGUCAAUUAUGUUUCCUCGUAAAGUGCAUUCCAUGGCCCAUUUUUUGCCUUGAACAUUCUAUAAAAGUUGCUCUUAUUUUAUUUUCAAGGGUCACACUCGUCUGGUGAACUUCUUUAAUGUGGAUUCCAAGUUUUACCUGGUGGAUCUGCCAGGCUACGGCUACGUGGAGGGUUUAGGAAGUGAGCGAGGCACCAAUCAUUUUGUCAAAGUGGCAGAGAGAUACCUUCAACAGAGAGCAGGCAAAGAGUGAGUUUGCUGAAUUUAUAAAAAUUGUUGCAAGCAAGGGAGCAUGUUGUUGUGCAGGAUUCCAAAUAUUAUUAGGUGCUAACAGCUGGUUAAAAAACUGGCUUCUUCAAAUUUUGAGACAACCACUUUGUCGGGAUAAAGGGUAAGGUUAGAGGUUAGAUUACCUUCAGAAUUGGAAGACCAACUUUUAUCUGAAUUAUCCUUUAGCAAUUUUCUCCUCAACAAGGGAGUAAUACCAACUUUUGAAAUCCUAGCUACAUGUCUACCUCAAAACCUGAUGAGAACCCCAAAUAAGGCGAGACCAGGGGAAAUGAAUAAGCAAGCUGAAAGAAAGAAAUGAAAAUGGGUGUACAUGUUUGGUGAAUUUAUCACUUAGUAUUCACUUCAACUGUUUUGCUCUUAUUUUAACCAGGUUAAGAAGCAUUUGCCUUCUCAUUGAUGGAAAAAUUGGAGUUACAAAAAAUGACCUGAUAGCAUUUGAAAUGAUGGGGGAAAUAGCUGCUCCUUUCCAGGUUAAUGCUCUAUGUUCUGCAGCUCAAACACACUUCCAUUACACUAUAAUAUAGUGCAAUAUAUAAGUCAGGAAUAACAUUACUUCAGUAUUUCGCGUAAAAGAAUCUAUAUUAACUUAAUUUUUCCUCACUCUCACUUAGAGGGCAGGGUGCAAUAGAGAAUUGCAAAUCACUAUACCUUGUGAGAAGGGGCUAUGGUACUUUUUCUUGGCUUAUUGCUAACAAUGAAAAUGGCACAAACCUUGUAUUAAUAAUUCCUGAAAAGAUAGAGGGCUAUCUUUUUUUCUUAGAGUAAAUGCACAUCAAACCUUGAGCCUCUAUUCUUUUAAGGCAUUUUUGUUCACCCCUUGCCUAUGAAAUGCGAAGGAUGUAUUAUAUGUAUGUUGUGGUUCGAUUUUACCCUUGCUUUAAAUUUUAUUUUCCUUUAUUUUGGGGCAUAGUGGUUUAAAACAAAGGAAAAUAAAAUUUAAACCCCAGAUAAAAUUGAACCACAACAUAUACGUCCUGUGUGAGGUCACUCAACAACCCGGCCAGACAUAUAUACUUAACAAUUAUUCCUCUCGCCCUCAUGGGCUCUGAGCCAUGAGGCUGAAGGCCGAAUGGGCUAUUGACUCAGAGGCCAUGAGGGCGAGAGGAAUAAUUGUUUUAGUAAAAUCCAACUAGGUGGUCAAAAAUAUCGAGAAUAAAAAACUUUUAGCUAGUUUAAAGCUAAACUUUAAUCCUUUUUUGCUGCCAAAAAGCUGGCACUUUUCGCCACUAGUGGGCCAUAACAUAUAGCCUAGUAGUAGCUCAACCAAUCAGAAGGCAGCAUUGAUAAUAGACCACUAGUUGGAUUUUACUAAAUAUAUAUAUCCUCAGACAAAUGAAAUCACCAAAAGUGCGGUCAUUCCAGUUGCCUUGAAUAAAUGAAUUCCUGUCUUUGAGAAAUGGCCACCGGUUACUAGGUGUAUUUGUCUCUGGUAAGCAAGGGGUUAAAGGGACAAAACAUUAUUUUUCUUUUACAGGUAGUUCUAACCAAAAUGGACAAACUUCACAAAGAAAAGCAUCAGAUGAUGAUAGAGGAAGUCUACAAAAUUAAAGAAAGAUUUUCAUUAAAUAGCUGCUUUCCGCACAUAUUUGCCUUAAGGUUUGUAUGAGGAGAAGAUAAAAUACAUUUUUGAUGUCUAUUACAAUUUAAUUGAAAUACAAUUCCAUUACAACUCCUCAUCCCAAGUUCAUGUACACAGGUGAUUGCUCAUCACACCAACUGAUCAUAACCCUGAAACCUCUCUGUUGCUAAGCAACAGAACAGAGAGAGAGAGAGAGAGAGAGAGAGAGAUGGGACAGAAAUGGCUUGAAACUUCAUGGUCGUACUGAAACCCUAGUUUAAGGUUGACAUGGUGUCAAAAAAAUUCAAUCCCUGUUGGAAGCAGAUCACUGCUUUUUAGGCCAUAGAGGGAAGAGAUAGAAAGGUCUCAAUGAAUUUGGAUUACCAGCCCCUAACCCCUCACACAUUAUUUUGUUUGGCACUCUCCUUAUUACAACUUUCAAUUGCAUCGCCAGGUUCAUUUCAGUUCAGUGAACACGACAUCAAAUGACCUCUUACGGCAGAUGUAGAAAAUUACUUCUGGUGUUUUUUUUAUUGUGUUCAUUUUAAGAAUAGCGCUUAACAGGCCAUAUAAUAACUUAUUAACCUUGUCCGUUCAGUCAUAACAGGAAAAUUUUAGACCUUGGCCUUGAUGUAUUGACCUCACUAUUGCUUGGUCAAUACAUCAAGGCCUAGGUCUGAGAUUUCCUGGUAUUGACCCCACUCUCAGUUAACAAGUAGUAUGUGAUUUUUUUAUCAUUUCAGUGCAAGAGAAAAGACAGGGUUAUCUGAGCUGAGAUAUUUCAUCUGCCAGAGUGUAGGAUUCACAAAACCAUUUAAAAACUUAACAUAGUCACAUGUGUAUAGGUAACAAAGAUACCUGAUGGAAAGAGAAAAGAGAUGGAUGAAGAUUAAGAGGAAGGAAAGCAAGCAAGUACACUAGGGAAGAAUGCUAUGUAGACAGUGAACCUUGGUCAAAGGAUGUCAAAGAGACCAUAUCUUCAAGUCUUUGUAGCUUACGAAAGUGUAUAAUAGGAUGCCUUUAUGGAACUACAGACAGGGAGAUUUGGUUGGAAGACACUAAUUAUAUAAUAGAAGUUAAAACAAAUCUCUUGGUCUUUGAUCAAUGAGUUAAAUCCGAACGUUAUAACAAAGAAAGAAAGACAGCGGGAGUUAAGGAAAGUGGAGAGCUUUUCUCGAAACCUGAAAUGCUGAAUGACCUGAAUGUGAUGUUAAAUUUGACUAAGAAAGCCUGGUAAAUAUACAAGAAUGACCUUUUUUCUUCAGCCAGUGACCCAGGUGUCACAGAAAAAAGGUCCAGCUUAUCCAACAGGAGUCAAAUGCUCUAACACUGAGUUACAGGAGCCUAACGGAGUUACAGUGGAACACCGUUAAUAUGGUCACCAAUGGGCCAAAAACAUUUGGCUGUAUUAACGGGUGUCCGUAUUAACUACGGUUUUUUACAAGAAAGUGUCUGGCCAUUUUGCCGAGCAGCCAAAAAAAGUGGCCAUAAUAACAAGGUGACCAUAUUACCGAGGCGGCUGUAAGGCGAUGUUCCACUGUAACAAUGACCAUUUAACUAGGUUCGGCUUUCAAGCCCUAGCAAUAGUACCAAUAGUAUGCAGGAUAUUUGUCAACAAGCACCUAGUUUAAUGUCCCCUUAUAUAGCUCUCACAAGUCUCUUCAAGCAGGGAUGUAGUUAAAGAAAAGCUAAGCAGGCUUUUUUGUUGGUCAAGCUGGCUUCGUUACUCAACUGUACCUUCAGAAUAAUAUUAGCCCAGGUCUUUGUUUUCCAGAGAAAUUUGAGCGAUUUGUGAGCUGUUUUUUUAGCCGUUGAAAUAAGCCGGCAGCCGGCUCUUAGCGACGUUCCUGCUCCUGUAGCUCAGUGGUAGAGCAUCUGGAAUUUGAUAUAGUUUUCUCAAGGCAUCUGAGUCACCACCCCGGGUGGUGAAAGGGGUCCAGACCUCGGCAAACGAAAUCUUGACGCAGUGUUACCAGGGGUUUGCAUUAGCAUACAAAAUUCGUUCAGCAGCUUAAAAAGAACCUUGCAGUCCUUUACCGCCACUUUACUAAAAUUUGUAACAGUGAACAAUUAAAGCAGGC